AUGUCUUCCGGCACGUCUCGAGGCCAUUUGAUCGUCUUCGAAGGUCUCGAUCGCUCCGGCAAGAGCACUCAAUGCGCACGACUGGUAGAUCACCUCCGCUCUCAAGGCAAAGAAGUCUUCCAUCAACGCUUUCCGGACCGGACGACUGUGAUCGGACAGAUGAUCAACAGCUAUCUCAGUGGGACAUCAUCGCAGGAGGACCAUGCCAUUCAUCUCUUGUUUUCAGCAAACCGCUGGGAGGCCUCCGAAUCGAUAAGACAGCACAUUGAAAGGGGAACUACUGUGGUCGUUGAUCGAUAUUACUACUCUGGUUGUGUCUACUCUGCAGCCAAGCAGAAUCCUGCCAUGGACCUUGCGUGGUGUCGGCAUCCUGAGAUUGGCUUGCCACGUCCCGACUUGUGUCUGUUUCUGGACAUCGCUGCUGAGGAGGCUGCUAAACGCGGUGGCUUUGGCACCGAACGAUACGAGAAACAGGAACUUCAGGACAGAGUGCGAGACUUGUUUGCCGAGUUGCAAACUCAUCCGGACGAGGCUGAAGACAUCGUCGUGAUUGAUGCUGGUCAGAGUGUCGAGACAGUAGAGCAAAGCAUUCACGACGCAGUAGGACGCCGGCUCGAUGGAGAGCAUGCUGUCGGCCCAGUGAGAUACAUUCAACCGUGGUGA